AUGGGUCGCGUCCGAACUAAGACCGUCAAGAAGUCCGCCAAGGUCAUUAUUGAGCGUUACUACCCCAAGUUGUCGCUCGACUUCGAGACCAACAAGAGGAUCUGUGAUGAGAUCGCCAUCAUUGCCUCCAAGAGGCUCCGAAACAAGAUUGCCGGAUACACCACUCACUUGAUGAAGCGUAUCCAGCGUGGUCCCGUCCGUGGUAUUUCCUUCAAGCUCCAAGAAGAGGAGCGUGAGCGAAAGGACCAGUACGUCCCCGAGAUCUCCGCUCUCGACUUCACCCAGAACAGCGAGUCUGGCUCGCUCGACGUCGACCAGGAGACCAAGGACCUGCUCAAGAGCAUGGGCUUCGACAGCAUCCCCACCAACGUCAUUGCCGUCUCCCAACAACAGAUUGUCGAGCGCGGUCCCCGCCGCUUCAACGACCGCCCCGCCCGCUCGUAA